GCUUUCAGCUAAAUCAUCAUAUUGAUGGCCACUAGAUUGACUUCUCUUAUCGAAAUUUUUAAUCUGUAUAUAAGCUGCAAAUCUAUCACAAUAAGACAUCAGUUUCUCAAGAAUCUUCAAGAAAACUACUCAAAAUCAACAUGUUCAAAUUCAUUGUUUUGGUUGCCUUCUUUGGCUUGGCUGCUGCCGUUUCCGACGAUUUUGCCGCUGAAACUAAGGCUCUUGAAAAUGUGAUCUCACCCGCAGGUGAUUCAUUCCACUGGGCUUACCAAACCUCAAACGGUAUUGAUGCCAACUCAGCUGGUGAUGCCAAUGUUAUCUCAGGAGCAUACAAAUACAUCUCACCCGAAGGACAAACCGUCGCUUUGACCUACACCGCCGAUGCUGAUGGUUACCAUCCAUCUGGAGAUCUUUUGCCAACUCCUCCACCAAUCCCAGCUGCCAUCAUCCGCGCUGUCGAAUGGAACUUGGCUCACCCACAAACCCAAGAAUCCAUUUUGGGACGUAAAUUGUAAGAUGUCAGUUACUAUCCGUAGAAAUAAAAUUGAAAUCAUUUGAUUAAAAAAAAAACAAAA